AAAUCUAAUACAAACUGCAAGUCAUAGACAUUCAGUUAAUACUAAACACAACAACAAACACAUUGUUGUUGUUGUCGUCCAAGAAGUUCAAGACAACUGAUCCAAUCGUUUUACAUAUCAAUCAAUCAAUCAAUCAAUUAGUUGUUAGUCCACUAACCGAUCGACGGACCGACCGAACCGAUCAAGUGGUCACCGAUUUAAGAGAGAGAGAGGAGAGAGGAUUUGUUUUAAUCAAUUAGUUGUUAGUCCACUAACCGAUUGACUGACCGACCGAACCGAUCAAGUGGUCACUGAUUCACGAGAGAGAUAAAGAUUUGUCAAUCAAUUAGUUGUUAGUCCACUAACCGAUCGACCGAACCGAUAAAGUGGUCACCGAUUGAUUCACUAGAGAUUUGUCAAUCAAUUAGUUUUAGUCCACUAACAGACCGAUCAACUGAUCACCGAUUCAAGAGAGAGAGAGAGAUUUGUACGGCCCGUAACUGCGGUUAGAUUACCGCCGCCGCUACACCGUCGCCGAUAGCGAUGAUCAUCAUCAGCAGCCAUGGAUCAAGCGAUAGACAUUAUUGAUAUGCUGAUGGAUUCAAACAACGACGAAAAUGCUAGCCUAUCGUCCACUGAUUCGGCGGUCGAUUCGCUGACCGCUUUGAACAUCAACAAAGACAGCGAUGGCCAGCAAUCGCAGCCGUUGUCGUCGUCACCGCCGCGUAGCUCCCGACUAGGUUUUGAACCGCAAAAGGAGAUAAUAUUCAACCGAUAUCUGCCGUACAGCGAACAAAUUGAUGCCGAAUCGGUCGAGUUUUUGGCCCGAAUUAAGGCCAACUUUAGUCGUGCGGUUGUACUGAACGAUCGUUACGGUUUGCAAUGGAUUACCGAUUUGACUAAAUAUCUUCGACUAUACGGUCUAUGCUUUUCAAAGUCUGACCACUUGUUUUUCAUCCGUACGCUCUACGAACUGAUCCAAACUGAUGGUCUUGAGCUUCAAUUGGUCGCACAAUUUUCAAACGUUUUAACCGUUUUGCUUAAAAAACGGGAACUGAUUUCGCGCGAAGACUUGACUCUCGAAUGGCGACCACUCUAUAGGCUAUACGAACGGACUUUAUAUUCAAAAUAUGAAUCCCUGGGAAUGCUAUUCAUUCCCGAUAAUUAUGAAAAUUCCCUGAAAAGUCUGGUUCGGGCCUCACGGGUCUACUUUUCGGUCGCCUCGACGGCUGAAAUGCUCGACGAAUGGCGUCCAGCUCUGUGUCCAUUUGAUACCGAAAUGAUCAAAGCGGCCGCUUAUAUGGAACUAUUUCUACCGACAAGUUUACCGCCCGAACACCACGACCAAGGUUUUCGGCUCUGGUUUGACGAACUAAUGUCCAUAUGGACGGCCGCACAGAACACGCCAGCCUGGGAACAGUCAUUCAUAUCGUUGUUCGCCCGUAUGGCCAACGAUACUAUUGGCUACUUGGACUGGCGUCCGUACAUACCGUCCAUAUUUACCCAUUUAAUACGAUCGUUCAAUUUGGCCGGCGGUCCAACUAAAGUGUCGAUAAUGCGCGGCUAUAAUGUAUUCCAUAUCAAUUCGGUUGUCUUAUGGUUGGUGGCAAUGCUCGGCGGCGGCACCGGCGGUGACCAGCAAUCGGACAACACUUGUCAGUCGCAUAUAACCAAACUGUUCAAAGCCUGCGAAUCCUACUAUCAUCCGUCCAAUACCGGCAAAUGGAAUCUCAAACUACAGCAACUGUUAUUCAAAUUGCCGGCCACUUUCGUUGCCCGCUUGCAUCGGGAACGCUUCAAGCGGCCAUCGUGGCGAACGCCGAUACCCGAAUCGCAUCGACUAACCGAAUCCGAUAUCGACUCGUUUGUCCAGUCGCUGACCAAUGUCGUAAUGAUUGCCAUGUUUUCCCGUUGGGGUUCUAUCGAAUCGGCUACGGCUUUCCAAUCGCUAUCGCUGUUACGGCCCGAACUUGUUUGUCCGCCCGUAUUGGACAAACUUUAUUCGGCACUCGAAACCCUCACUGAACCGCAUCGAUUGUCAGCGUCGAUGCAAUGCGUAGUAUCCAUUGCCCGAGCACUGGUAGCCUCGGAUAAUCCCAAGUACUCGGACGGCCGUCUACAUGUACUGCCACUGUUGCUCAACUCCCUGGACGGCCUCGAUGUUAACGAUAUGCGCAAAUGUAUGGUUACUUUCCAAUUUAUCGCUACGUUUGUUACACUGGUACCGCUGAUCGAUUGUUCGGCUGCGGUGGACACCCGUACCGAUCUGACCGAUACGGAAUCGCAGCUGUGUCUGGCAUCGGUCGAGUGCGAAGACUUUGUCCUGCAGUUUAUGGACCGGUGUUUCGUAUUGAUUGAAAACUCGCAAUCGCUUGACCAGAGUUCACGUGGAUUGGAUCGCCAGGACAACGACGUCCGGAUGAACACCGAAGAAGGUAUCAUCGAAGUAGGACUGGCCUCGACUUUCGGUUCGAUACUACAACAGUCGUCGCCGCAGAUAUUUAAAAGCGCUCUGGACAAACUGUAUCAGUUUAUAUCGACACAUAUUUUCGAGACCAAAGUUGCCGGAAAGUUUGCCGCCAUUUUGGUUCGGUCGUGUUCGAAGGCCAAUGCCGAGCUAUCGUUGUCUAGAUUUUUGCCACACUUUUGCCGACUUGUACUGACUUUGACCGAAAACGAUGAAAUCUUAUCCGAAGAAUUCUUGGAUCACGAACUACUGUUUGCAAUGCAAAUCAUUAGCGAAUUAGUUCGAUGCGAUGGCCGCCAACUAUUACCGUACGCCGACCUAAUUGUCAAAGUAGUCGACCGUACUGUACGAUUGAAGUGCCGUAAAGGCUAUCUGUUGGCCAGUGCUAUCAUCAAACAUGUACUGAAAUCGUCGACUCUAUUGUUUGCCAUCGACUUCAAGUCCAUAGCCAAAGACUGGUCCAGUUAUGGCAAGUUUGAUGGCAACGAUUUGCCGAUUAGAGACUGGGGCUGUACUGUCGAUAUCAAAGACUUAUCGUGUCGUUGGCACGAAUCCACUACUGAAGAGUUAGCAUUUGCUCAGCGACUGCUCGACCGUUAUUUGUCGGCCGAAUUGUCAGCACUCACCGAAUGGAUGGCCGGCCAGCGGCCGCUGUCACGCGAGGAUCUACAGCGCAGUCUACUCGUAAUAUUGGACUGUAUUACUGGUGCGGCAUCGGCUCUGCCGCUAUGGGAUGGCGACAACAUUUGUCUACGCGAAUCACUUGUUCCGCUCAAUACAUCAGUUGUGGACAACGUUGGCGCCAAAGUACUAACAUUUUCGGACGGAUCCAAUGUUCGCCAAACCGUACUGAAGACAUUGCGAUCGGCGCUGACACACAUCAUCGACAACUGCGAAGACGAUACUAAAUCGUUGUGUCGUUUGAUACGAAUCUAUCAUCAGAUGAUGUUUUUCUGGGGUAUCAGUAAACAGGAUUUCGAUACCCGUUGGAAGGGCUUUCAUAUGGUUAAGAAAUCAUUGGAAAAUCGUUUGUCCCGAAAGAAACAUACCAUCAGAGCUCUGACUGUCGAUCGGCUGAUGCUUCAGCACGAAAUGCGCGUAACCUACAAAUCGCUUACCAAAUUCACUGAACUUCAUCAGCAAUUGAUGUCCGAUUUGGUCCAAUUGGCCACAAGUCACUACAGCGAAGUCCGAUGUCAAGCGCAAGAAACACUGUUCACAUGUUUUCGAUCGUUUCAACGCUCCUAUCGUUUGCCGCUACCGAAACUGUUGGCCAAUUUGAGUCCCGCAGCCGACGGCAGCAGCGGCGUCGACGACGACAAUCACGAACAGUUCAAAGGAACACUGUAUGUCAUACUCGGACGCAAAGGCAAUUCGCUGUUGACUGCAGCCGACUGGUCAACAUUACGGGCCGUUUGGCCGGCACUUGUGAAUGCCCGACAUUCGGAAAAGCCGAGUAUUAUUCGAUUGUUGGAUCUGGAAAUUACUGGCCAUUUGCGCAAAUACUUUGAUACCCUAUCGAUGUCGACCACUGUUAGCGACCAGUGUGUCGAACAGGCCCGCAAAGUUUGGUCAGAUGACGACUGUAGUCCGCGACCGGCCGGCCAGUGUCCAACUGAUACGGAAAUAGCUAGUGCACGACAAUUGGCUGCCAAUAGACACCGGGAUAAUCUGAAACAAUAUCACGAACUGGUGGAUCAAUUGGUGACAUCGAUGAACACUUCGGAUCUACACUGGCGAUACUAUCAGUUGUCUGCAGUUAUGCUAUCGAUGCUCAUCCGACACGACCUACCGCUACCCGAUUCGGCCGUCGAUUUGUUUACGAAAAAUCUGAUUCACGACACACUAUACAUCCGUAAGAUAUCCAUUGCAUCGUUCGGUGCUAUAAUGCGUCAAAUGAAACGCCCGCAUCCGAAACACCCGAUGUUGGCGUCCACUCAGCCGAUCGACAAUAACCAAUGGCUACAAACAGAUCUAUCGCUUAGUUUGACCACUGAAGCCGAAUUUCGUUCGUUUGUUUUUGUCGACAAACCGCACAUUGGUUUCUAUUGUUUUCCUAAACCACUAAUGGUUUACGACAUCAAUCCGAGUCAAUCGGAAUUGAAAUCAAUGAACAAAUCGGAGAAAAUUGUUUUCAAUUAUUUUUCGGAUCAAUCGUUUUUGGAUCGAUUGUUGACCUUUUUGUCGCUGGAAGAGAACAAAGGCAAAGACAAGUUUUCGUCGAAACGUUUUCAACUAUGGAAAGGUGUGUUCCGACAGUUCGGUGCCCAGAAUCUGGAUCUACUGAUGCCCAGGAUUACCGAAUCGGUGAACGGUCUCCAGGAAUCGGCUCAUCGAUGUUCGGCCGAAAUCAUUGCCGGUUGUUUGCGUGGUUCGAAACACUGGUCAUUCGGCGACUUGCAGACGGCGCGCACCCGUUUGGAACCGAUUGUACGCCAGGUUUACAGUAAUAUUACUACCGAAACACUGGGCGAUUGGGGAACUUGUUCGGCCACUAUAUUCGAGAACCGUGACGCCCGACGUAUGGUCUGGCUGUUGGACGUACUGAUGGCCGAUCCGUUGGGCAGUGGCGGUGUCGAUGGUGUUGUUGCCAACAAAACUACUACUACGACAACAACAACAACAACGGUGUCAUCGUUUCUUCAGGCGUCGCGUCUGUAUCUGCUUCACGGAGCCGUUCAGCAGCAGGAAUGGCGUGCAAUGAAACUGUUGGAUCAAUUGCUUGGAUAUCUUGAACGCGACAAUCAUUUACUGCACUCCUAUCAGAAUGUCAGGGAACGUAUCGGCAGUUUACUGUCGAAUGUCUUCAUGUUUGACAUCCGAAUCCCUUCAUUGCCGUCGACUUACGAUUUGUCGCCAAAUCGGAGCGCUUUUGUCGAUCGUAUACUACCGCGACUCGAAUUGCUAACCAAAUCGGUGGACACCACUAAUAGUACGGACGGCAAGAGGAGUGAGUCCGGCGGCGGUGGCGUAUCUGUUCUGAACGGUUUUACUGAUCAACAACAACAGGAGCGCAAAGAUGCGGCCAAUCUGUUGAAGACUAUCUGCAAAUGGAUUGUCGGAAACGUUUCGCGUGUCGCCUACAGCGCACCACCAGAACUGUUCCGCUUUUUGCCAAUCUUAUGUCUAAUGCAAAGCGAAACGAGCGAUGAGGAGCUGAUACGGGAAACAUUUGUAGCCAUUAUUAUGUUAUCGCACGCACUGUUGACUCCCGAAAGCAUUCAAGUGGCCAUCGAUACGUCCAAACAGAUAACAAUGGCCACCAAUUGGCACGCCCGGUCGGCCAUUGCAACAUUCCUCCAGUACAUGGUAUCGUCGAAUAUGUUUGUAUUGAUGGCCAACCCUGAGUGGACCCGUGAUAUACGGCGAAUGAUUAUCAAUCUAUUAUCCGAUGAACGAACCGAAGUACGGGAAUCGACAGCCGAAACACUGUCGGGUCUCGUUCACUGCGAAUUCAUCAAAAUCGAUGGCCAACUGAUUCGCGAGUUUGAACUGACAGCUCAACGACGGCUGUCGAAAGUCAGACAAUCAAACGGUACAUCCAUUGUUGCACCGAAAGAACUGUACGAACGUCACGGAGCUAUACUGGGGCUCUGCGCCUGUAUUAAUGCCUUUCCCUACGACGUCCCGGACUUUAUGCCCGAUAUACUGGUAUUUUUGUCCCGACAUUUGAGUGAUCCGCAACCGAUACCCACUACCAUCAAGAAGACAUUAUCCAACUUUAGGCGUACGCAUAACGACAGUUGGCGCGACCAUAAGCUCAAGUUUACCGACGACCAGUUGGCCGUUAUUACCGAUUUGCUGGUUUCGCCCAACUAUUACGCAUAGGAAUGGUCAACAUUGUUGUUGUUAUUGUUAUAGUUAUUAUUAUUAUUGUUAUUAUUAUUAUUAACUAAAAAUUGAC